AUGGGAGAGGAGGAUCGUGAAGAGAGUGAGGAAGCAUCAAUGUUACGUAGGCGCCGAGCAGCACUACUUCUAUGUGUUCAACAACUGUCCCUCGCUCUCAUUGGUCUCCAAACGGUUGCGCAAUCAGCAGCACUUGUAGCCAACGACCAACUAAACAAGACCAUACCCCAGCCAUAUCACACCUCCAUUUUGACUGGCCAUGGUGGUCAUCCUGACCGCAUUUGUGCAGAACUUGGUGUCAGGCGCCAUGUUUUCCUUAGGCUGGUAGAUCUACUCAAGCGCUAUCAAUACGUUGACUCAAGGCAUAUCCACAUUGAGGAGCAACUUGCAACAUUUCUAUACGCCUGCGUCACUGGCUUAUCAGUUUGCCAUAUCGGUGAACAAUUCCAGCGAUCAAGCAAUACAAUUUCUAGGUAUAUUUUUCCCCUGCCCUCUUUCAACUAA